AUGGAAGACUGGAGAAGAAUUGAUAUCGACGCUUACGAGCCGGAAAACCAUUUAUCUAAGGAAGAAUUGAUACCAGAUUUACCAAGUACUUCUCAAGAAGAAAUUGUCACCAUAUCCAAACAAGUAAGAUCAGCCUUAUCUUCUGGCCAAUUCAUAGAAGCAUUACAACUUGCAUUGGAUCAUGCUCCAUACAUUGCUGAUGAAAAAACAAAGACUUUGCACUCUGAAACGAUUUUCGAGAUCUUAUGUUCGAUUAAGAACAACCACAACUUGAAUGAUUUGUCGUCGUUUGUCAAGAAGUUGGACAGUUCCCAACAGGAUACGUUAGUAAAGUACUUGUACAAGACCAUGGAUACAAGCUAUGGUCAAAAACAGGGUGCUUUAUUGUUGAGUUGGUUUGAAAAGACAGUAGAGGUCACUGGUUUAGGACCAAUUGUACGUUUCAUGAGUGACAGAAGAACAGUUUGA